AUGGAAUCAAAAAAUCAAACAAAAAUUUCAGAAUUCCUCCUCUUGGGAUUUACAGAGACAUCAGAAAUUCAGUUCAUUCUCUUUGGUUUGUUCCUUUCCAUGUACCUGGUCACCUCCACUGGGAACAUCCUCAUCAUCCUGGCCAUCAUCUCAAGCUCCCACCUCCACAUGCCCAUGUACUUCUUCCUCUCGAACCUGUCCAUUGCUGACUUUGGUUUCACCUCUACCACCACUCCAGAAUUGCUGGUAAGCCUCCAAACACAGAACAAAAUCAUAACCUAUGCAGGCUGCCUCACCAACAUAUAUUUUUCUUCUAUGUUUUCAUGCCUGGGCAGUUUACUUCUGACAGCAAUGGCCUAUUACUGCUAUGUGGCCAUCUUUCAACCCCUGCACUACAUGGCCACCAUGAACCUCCAGAUCUGUGGAUUUCUGGUUCUUGGGUCUUGGUGUCUUAAUGUCUCAAUGUCCCUACCUGAGUUCUUGACCUUGUUGAGACUCUCCUGCACACAUGUAGAAAUUCCUCACUAUUUCUGUGAUCCUUCUGAAGUCCUGAAGCUUGCCUGCUCUGGCACCCUCAUCAACAACAUAUUCAUGUAUUUUUUGACUAGUGCUAUGGACAUUUUUCCUCUCACUGGGAUUCUCUUCUCCUAUUCUUGGGUCAUCUUCAUUCUUAGAAUUUUAUCAGCUGGGUGUAAGCAUAAAGCCUUUUCUUCCUGUGGGUCUCACCUCCCUGUUAUCUUCUUGUUCUACAGCAGCAGCCUUAGGGUCUACCUGUGCUCUGCAGCCACACCAUCCUCUAGGGCAAGUCUGGUGGCCUUAGUGUUGUACACCAUGGUUACCCCCAUGGUGAACCCCUUCAUCUACAGUUUGAGGAACAGGGAAAUGAAGCAAGCCCUGGGGACACUCAUUGGUGUGGUGGCCACCUCUCAGUGA